AGAUUCCGCGUCGACGUAUAGCGCCCCUAGGGAUCGACGAGAAGCCGACGACGACGGCGCCUUCAAACGACGACGUUCGCCCGAGAGCGAAUAACCAAGGAAGUUGCGUCUUUGAAAGCGUCCUCAGAGAGAGGAACGCGCCCGGUAGAUCCGAAACAUGGCGUUGACAAGCCGGAAUCUUGCUACGCUGGUGCUGCUGGCCGUCCUGGCUUCGAUGACCGCCCAGAGCUGGGCGCAGAACGCUCAACGUGCUUCGAGUCCCUCGAGAAAUCCUCACGGCGGGCCGGCGUCGCACACCCGGUCGCACUCGCCCUCUCGCGGCGGCGCUGCAGACGCCAGGACCGACCGUCGAAGGCGUCCAGAGCGACCGCGAACUCCGGCCGGCUCGCCAAACGCCACUUACGACUACUUCAUCCUCAGUCAGCAGUGGAGCCCCGGAAUAUGCGCCAUCGAACCACAGUGCAUCUCAACGAGCAAGAAAAACUACUGGACCAUCCACGGCCUCUGGCCUGCGGGAGACAACACUUCGCCAAGCUUCUGCGUGGACGAGCAGUUCAACGGCCGCGUUCUUGACCCGAUCAAGAGAGAUCUGAACAAGUACUGGCCUUCUCUGACGAGCGCUGAAGCACGAUACUUCACAUUUUGGCGUCACCAGUGGCAGAAGCACGGCACCUGCGCCGGUGACGUUCCCGCGCUGAAUGGCCUCUUCAAAUUCUUCAACUCAACGCUCGCCGUCUACAAGAAGUACAACAUAUUCGAGUUUCUGUCCAACAGCCUUAUAAGGCCAAGUGUCGUCAGAACGUACUCGGCUGCUGAAAUUCGUAACGCCCUCUCGGACGACAUUCGGCAGAAGGUCAACAUCGUCUGCAGCCAAAGAGUGCCGAACAGGGACGCUCCUGUCCUGACUGAGAUUCGAUUCUGCCUCGACAAGAACCUGGAGCCAGUCAACUGUCAGGGAAAGAACGGAGGCUGCGGACGCCGGAACUACUACCUACCGUCGCGGCCGUGAUUCCUUUUCCUCGACCUCAUCACCACCAUCAUUGACGACGCCGGAGACCAAAGAUGAAGACCAACAGAUGAACAACACUUUCCGGAAUGCUUACUGUCUGAUGUGGAAACUUGUUCCCAGGAAAUACUCCCGAUGUAUUGUGCGCUGAAUUGCCGGAGCUACGAGAUGGACAGGUAGUGGAUGCUGAAGUUUUCCUCAGUUUCGAACAUGUUCAAUCAGGGUAUCACACUUAGUAUAGCUUCACGAAGCUUCAACUGGAGAUGCGUCGUAUCAUAAUCA